CUGUGAAACAAAUAGUAUCAGCUAGGUGUUUGCAAUAUCAGUUAUGAGGCCGUUAAAUUUAGUGGGCAGGGUCAUGAGGGAGGUUUUCUAUAGAAACGACACACAAAUACUAACUUGCGCCCCCGCCCCCCCUUCUGGGAUUAUCAUCCUGGUAAGGUAUUUUCCGUUUCGCCAUUUUCCAUUGGUGACGGCGAGAACGAAUUUGCAGGAGAAAACCGGAUAGUCUGAGUUGUGAAGCACAACAAACACGAUCUAGUCAUGCAUCGUGAUUGUCCUCUUGACUGCAAAGUCUAUGUUGGAAAUUUGGGCAACAAUGGUAACAAGACGGAGUUAGAGAGGGCAUUUGGCUACUAUGGACCUCUCCGCAGUGUCUGGGUGGCCAGAAACCCCCCAGGCUUUGCCUUUGUGGAAUUUGAAGAUCCCAGAGAUGCAACCGAUGCUGUGCGUGAGCUUGAUGGAAGGACACUGUGUGGAUGUCGAGUGCGAGUAGAGCCGUCCAAUGGUGAAAAGCGCAGCCGCACCCGUGGUGCUCCCCCUUCAUGGGGCCGGCGUCCUCGGGACAGAGAUGACUACAGGCGCCGUAGCCCACCACCCAGACGAAGAUCCCCACGCAGGAGGAGUUUCAGCCGCAGUCGCAGCAGGUCCUUCUCCAGAGACAGGAGGAGGGAGAGGUCCCUCUCCAGGGACAGGAACCACAAACCUUCAAGAUCCUUCUCUCGAUCAAGAAGCCGCUCCAGGUCUAAUGACAGAAAAUAGGAAUGUUGAUCAGGUGUAAAGACAAACAGUUGUACAGGCUUUGCCGUUUCAUAUGAUGGACUUCAACAUGGCUGUCUGGCCCUUUUUUGGGUUGGGUUUUUUUUUAACAAUGAAACAUUUUAGUCUCUCUCUCUCCCCUUUCUUGUUAUGCUAGUUUUCAAGUACAUUGAAUGGCUGCGUGCAGGAGUGAUGCCUCACCCAAGUCAUGUCCGUCUCGUCGGCCCUGAAAGAGUUGUGCCACCCCGCAUUCCAGAUCACUAGUUAUUCUUACGCGCUUCUUGUUUGUCAGUGAAUGUACAGUGUAGUUUGACAUAUAAUGUAAGUAGUGCCUCAUUGUUUUGUUUUUUAGGGAAGGACUUGAAUGGUGUAUAAUAAAGUCCCUCCUUUUUAUUGACUGUAAAGCCAUGCUGUCUUCAAUAUGCUACUUUCUUUAUACUGAAGGCUUCCAUCUGUUUAAACUAUGGCAUUGUUUUUGUUUGUUUGUUUUUAAGUGUAAACAACACAGGUCUCAUUUUUGUCUAUGAAGUUUUCCAAUUUCUUUUGUCUAUCUGUAAUAGUCUCUUAAAAUACUGGUUGGUAAAAAAAAAACUUGCAGUGUUUUGUUU